AUCAUCUCCUCAGGAUUUUCUCCAUGACAACACUCAAAUUUCUUCUUUUCUAAUUUCGGCAUCUUUCUUUCAUUGACCAACCCAAGCUUUAUAGAGAAGAAUUGGGUUUGGGUUUUCACCAUUGAAGCCUCAACACCAAAGCUAAAAGUUCACUCCUUGCAUUUCUUUUUUUCUAGUUAUUUGGAAAAUGAUACACUUGCCUGAUCUUGAUCAUCCAUGAAUCCUUGUUUCUGGGUCUAAAAAUUUUCUGCCACCCUUUUUCUCUUCUCUUCAGCUUCUCUUUUGGCACCUUUUUGCAGCUUCAAAUCUUCUAGAAACCACCAAAAAGCUUACUAUCCAGAUCCUUUUAAAAACAAUUAGUGGGUUUUUGAGAUGCAGGAACCGACAAUGUAUAAUCAGAUGAAGCCGCAGUUUCCAGAGCACGAGCAGCUGAAAUGCCCGCGCUGCGAGUCCACCAACACUAAGUUCUGCUACUACAACAACUACAACCUUUCCCAGCCGCGUCAUUUCUGCAAGAACUGCCGUCGCUACUGGACUAAAGGUGGCGCUCUCAGGAAUAUCCCUGUUGGUGGUAGCAGCCGCAAGAACGGCAAGCGCUCCAGCAACCCCAAACGUCAGGCCAGCUCUGCACCCGAUUCAGAACUCGCCCGGAUCCGAAAACAGCCGGACUCUUCUAAGGCGCCGACACCAGUUUCCACUUCAACGGCGGCGGCACCACAGCGGUUUCAGAAUUCGUUGGCGGAUCCUGACCCGUCCCGGCUGUACGGGUUGUCGGCUGAUGUCACCGGAAGCUUCAGCUCGCUGCUGUCGUCCAAUGGGCACUUCGGGAAUCUUCUAGAAGGGUUGAACACAGAUGGGUCGGAUUUGAAAACGGUGCAAAUGGGGGGUUUCGGAGGGAACACGGAUGCCGGGCGUGAUCUGAUUCCGGGUUUGGGUCGGGAUUCCGGGUUAGAGGGGAGCAAUAAUGGCGAGAGUUAUUUGGGCGGCGAACAAACAGGGGAUUCAAGUUGCUGGGGUGGCGGUAGCAAUGGGUGGCCUGAUCUUUCUAUUUACACUCCAGGUUCUAGUUUUCAGUAGAAACGCAGAAAGGGUGUUCAUAUUUCUUUUUCUUUUCUUUUUUUUCCCUCUUUUUUCUUUUUUUAAAUUUAAUUAUGAUUAUUAUGGUGAUUUGAUAAUUAGUGGCUGUGAAAAUUUUUUUAAAAAAAAUUCGUAGCAUUUUCUAUGCUAAACCAAUGGUAAUUUCUUCUUUCACAAAGAAGAGAGAGAAAAUAUUUUAAAUUCAGAUCCCUUAUAUCACUACUUAAAAUUAAUAUGAAAAUAUUUG